AUGGAAUACCUGAAUAUUUUCCAGUGGCCGUGGCAGAUAUUGCAAUACACAAUUGACAAAUGGAGAAUCUCUGGAGGACCAUCCGGCCAGGAUCUAUAUCAAGAUUGUAACGAUGUCAUUCGAGACUUUGAGCGCGCAUUUGCCCUUGAGAAUGGCUGGGCUGUUCAUGACAAAGAGUUGGUUUUCUAUCUACAAGAGGCAGCUCUGGGUCUAAAGCAAUGGAAGGACAGUAUCCGAUGGUGUGCUACUCCUGAUCACGACUGUUUUUCCGAAGAAGAAAAUGAGAAGCUGGUUCAAUUGGUAUUGACGUCGCUGAAGGAAGAGAACCUCGGACUCUUUGAAACUAUCGGCCAGCAUAUCAGCGACGUUGCAAAACUGCUGGUCUUUAUCGAGCAACUUUACAUCCAUGGGCAUGACGAAGAGGCCAGUAGGGAAACGAAAGACAGAUACUUCAAACGCUUAGACACUGCCUUGGAGUGUCUCGCGAUGCAGCUUGUACCGCUGAGUACGUACGCAGAACUGGUAUUUCAACCGUCACAUACGGUUGGAUUCAUACCUAUUGCCUCACCAAACACACUACAAGCAAUAGAAGAACAGAAGAGAAGCAUCAAGACGAUGGAUCAGCAAGGCCCAGCUUUCAUGAGAUUAUCAUCGGACCCAAUGCCAUCCCCUCAAGACGUCCGCGCCGAACCGUCACAGGGAGUCGCAAUCACGCAGGAUCUAGCCCCACCAUCAAACCCGCAAGUUGAGGCUAACUCUGAGCGAGUUGCUGUCCCACAAGAAACAAGUGGCUUGCAUAUCUUAUUCGAACCGACAAACACGUCUUCCGAUCUGGCUAUUGAUAUAAUAGCUGUACCUGGGCUGGGAGGCGAUGGAUUCAGCACAUGGACGGACGAGAAAAGUGGGAAGUUGUGGCUUAGAGACUUCCUACCUAGAUCUCAGGGCUUUAGAAAUGCUCGCAUCAUGACCUUCAGCUAUGUUCAUCUUGAUUCUCCAAGACUAAUAUAUAACGUCUUGGGGUGGUUGGAUGAACCUGCAGAGUACUUGCUGAGCUGUAUCAAGAGGACAAGGGAAGAAACGAACACACCCAGGGGAAAGCCCAUUAUGUUCAUCGGCCACUCAUUAGGUGGCAUCAUCAUCAAAAUGGCUUUGAAGAUGUAUUUCAGACCAGAUUCCGAUGACAUCCUUGUUUCAACUGAAAGCAUCAUCUUCUUCGGGACGCCGUGCAUUGGACGAGAACACAACGCCGCUGAGCGUGACUUGGCCUUGAUUAGAAUCUUUGAUGCGGCUGGUGUGAAGCAGGAUGAGUCUUUCGGAGCGUCGAGAGGUUUAGACGGUCUGAUAGUCUAUGUGUCAAAAAUUUUUCGCGAAGAAAACAGAGGGCUUUCGGUCACCUCAUUCUACGAAUGUAGGAAAUAUCAUGAUGUGCUUGUCCUGGAAGAGCGAUUGGCCAGGGGACACACUGGCCACGAAACAGCGAUAGGUCUGGACGCCAACCACCACACAAUUUGCCAAUUUGCUUCAGAGAAUGACAAAGGGUUCGCUGAGGUCCAUCGGGCAAUGUCCAUGAAUCUGAUUGAAAUUUCGAACGCUUUGCAUGCUAAAGGGAAACUAUGA